UUCUGGGACCCAGGCUGCUUUCUGGGAUGGAGUGCUGCAUAGCCAUGUGGCUCCUUUGCCAGUUGGGGCCUGCGUGCUGUGACACAAAAGCUGCAUCACGCUGUGCACUAUGUUCAUGGCUGAUUGAUCAACUCAAGAAGACCCAGCUGGUUUUGUGACUCGGAACCCAGAUUGUGACGCGCUCUUGCAUUUUUAGAAGACGACAGUACCGUCCAGAGGAAGAAAUGACCAUGUAGAUUCUACAGCCUGGGUGCUGCAUAAUGGGAAAUGGUGAAUGGAGCGGAACUGGUCUGCAGCCUUGAAAGCAGCUGUUCUGCGGACCACUAGUCGGUCAGGGGCACCUUGCACACCAGAGGCAUUCUCCACGUCGCUCACUGGACACAUGCUGGAUUGUUUUUAAUCCUAGGCUGGAAUUCAAGGCUCGUCUCCUUCAGUUUUUAAAAGAUUUUAAGCUUCUAUCAACUCUAACAAGUGGAGCAAUAUAAUCAGUAACCAUGGGUGACAUGACAAAUAGUGAUUUUUAUUCCAAGAACCAAAGAAAUGAGGCCAACCAUGCAGGAGAAUUUGGGUGCACCCUGCAAGAACUGCGCUCCCUCAUGGAACUCCGAGGAACAGAAGCAGUGGUAAAAAUUAAAGAGACAUAUGGGGAAACAGAGGGGCUCUGCAGGCAUCUGAAGACAUCACCAACAGAAGGGUUAGCUGGCACUGCUGCAGAUCUAGAAAAAAGAAAGCUUAUUUUUGGAAAAAACUUCAUACCCCCAAAGAAGCCAAAAACAUUCAUACAGCUAGUGUGGGAAGCGCUGCAGGAUGUGACUCUUAUAAUCUUGGAAAUUGCAGCCAUCAUAUCCUUGGGGCUUUCAUUUUAUCAGCCACCUGGAGAAGGGAAUGAAGGGUGUGGCACUGCAACAGGAGGAGCUGAAGAUGAAGGUGAGGCUGAAGCUGGCUGGAUUGAAGGUGCUGCCAUCCUGCUGUCUGUUAUCUGUGUUGUACUUGUCACUGCCUUUAAUGACUGGAGCAAGGAGAAGCAGUUUCGUGGGCUUCAAAGUCGUAUUGAGCAGGAACAGAAAUUUACUGUUGUCCGAGGUGGGCAGGUGAUCCAAAUCCCAGUGGCAGAGAUAGUAGUUGGUGACAUUGCACAGGUGAAAUAUGGUGAUCUCCUACCUGCCGAUGGGAUAUUUAUUCAAGGAAAUGAUCUUAAAAUUGAUGAAAGUUCUUUGACUGGAGAGUCAGACCAGGUCCGCAAAUCUGUUGACAAAGAUCCAAUGCUACUGUCAGGUACUCACGUCAUGGAAGGCUCUGGACGAAUGCUUGUAACUGCUGUGGGUGUGAAUUCUCAGACAGGCAUCAUCUUUACUCUGUUAGGUGCUGGAGGAGAAGAAGAAGAAAAGAAAGACAAAAAAGGUGUGAAACAGGAGGAUGGAAAUCAGCUUCCAGUAGAUUCUUCCCAUCCCUCCUCCCACCCUCCUUCAGCUACAGAUGGUGCAGCAAGUGCAAAUGCCACUGAUAAUGCAAAUGCCAGCUUAGUCAAUGGCAAAAUGCAGGAUGGGAAUAUGGAGAACAGCCAGAACAAAGCCAAGCAGCAAGAUGGGGCUGCUGCCAUGGAGAUGCAGCCACUGAAGAGUGCCGAGGGGGGAGAAGGAGAUGACAAAGACAAGAAGAAAUCCAACAUGCACAAGAAGGAAAAAUCUGUCCUACAAGGAAAGCUGACCAAGCUGGCAGUCCAGAUAGGCAAAGCAGGUUUGGUGAUGUCUGCCAUCACUGUAAUCAUUUUGGUACUAUAUUUUGCCAUUGACACUUUUGUGGUGAAAAAGAAACAGUGGUUACCUGAGUGCACUCCUGUCUAUGUUCAGUAUUUUGUUAAAUUCUUCAUUAUUGGUGUUACUGUACUUGUGGUUGCUGUCCCUGAGGGUCUUCCACUUGCUGUCACUAUUUCUUUGGCUUAUUCUGUAAAGAAAAUGAUGAAAGAUAACAACCUGGUCCGCCACUUAGAUGCCUGUGAAACUAUGGGUAAUGCUACAGCCAUAUGCUCUGACAAAACAGGGACACUAACAACCAACCGGAUGACAGUCGUCCAAGCCUAUAUUGGUGAUGUGCACUACAAAGAGAUCCCUGACCCUGAUUCUGUACCUGCUAAGACUCUCGAAUUGCUGGUUAAUGCAAUUGCUAUCAACAGUGCUUACACUACAAAAAUUCUGCCACCAGAAAAGGAGGGCGGCCUGCCUCGGCAGGUGGGCAAUAAGACAGAAUGCGGUCUCUUGGGCUUUGUCCUGGAUUUGAAGCAGGAUUAUGAGCCUGUUCGGAGCCUCAUCCCUGAGGAGAAACUUUAUAAAGUUUACACAUUCAACUCUGUGAGAAAGUCAAUGAGCACUGUCAUUAAAAUGCCAGAUGGUAGCUUCCGAAUGUACAGCAAAGGAGCUUCUGAAAUUGUUCUGAAGAAGUGUUCCAGGAUCCUUAAUGCAGCUGGUGAACCUCGUAUCUUCAGACCACGCGACCGGGAUGAAAUGGUGAAGAAAGUGAUUGAACCAAUGGCCUGUGAUGGAUUGAGAACUAUCUGUGUUGCUUUCCGAGACUUCAACAGCAGCCCAGAACCUGACUGGGACAAUGAAAAUGACAUUUUAUCUGAUCUGACUUGCAUCUGUGUUGUCGGCAUUGAAGAUCCAGUAAGACCAGAGGUCCCAGAAGCCAUAAGAAAGUGCCAGCGAGCUGGAAUUACGGUCCGCAUGGUCACUGGAGACAAUAUCAACACAGCACGUGCCAUUGCCAUAAAAUGUGGAAUCAUUCAUCCAGGAGAAGACUUUCUUUGCCUUGAAGGGAAAGAAUUUAACAGGAGGAUCCGAAAUGAGAAGGGAGAGAUUGAGCAAGAGCGGAUUGACAAAAUCUGGCCAAAGCUUCGAGUACUUGCUCGGUCGUCUCCCACGGACAAACAUACUUUGGUCAAAGGUAUUAUUGACAGCACACAGGUGGAGCAGAGGCAGGUUGUAGCUGUGACUGGUGAUGGAACCAAUGAUGGACCAGCACUUAAGAAAGCCGAUGUUGGCUUUGCAAUGGGCAUUGCUGGAACAGAUGUUGCAAAGGAGGCCUCAGAUAUCAUCCUAACAGAUGACAAUUUCAGUAGCAUCGUGAAGGCUGUAAUGUGGGGACGUAAUGUGUAUGACAGUAUCUCCAAAUUCCUGCAGUUCCAGCUCACUGUUAACAUUGUGGCUGUGAUAGUGGCUUUCACUGGAGCAUGCAUUACCCAGGACUCUCCUCUAAAAGCUGUACAGAUGCUGUGGGUCAAUCUAAUUAUGGACACUUUUGCCUCACUUGCUCUGGCCACUGAACCUCCAACAGAAGCUCUAUUGCUAAGAAAGCCAUAUGGCAGGAACAAACCUCUUAUAUCCCGUACCAUGAUGAAGAACAUUCUGGGCCAUGCUGUCUACCAGCUUACUCUAAUAUUUACACUUCUUUUUGUUGGUGAGAAAAUGUUUAAAAUUGACAGUGGGAGAAAUGCACCACUCCACUCUCCUCCUUCAGAGCACUACACCAUUAUCUUCAACACUUUUGUCAUGAUGCAGCUUUUCAAUGAAAUCAACGCACGCAAAAUCCAUGGAGAGAGAAAUGUCUUUGAUGGCAUCUUCAGAAAUCCUAUUUUUUGCACUAUUGUACUGGGUACAUUUGCUAUUCAGAUAGUAAUUGUCCAAUUCGGAGGAAAACCAUUUAGCUGUUCUCCCCUGCAGCUUGAUCAGUGGAUGUGGUGUGUAUUUAUUGGAUUAGGAGAACUUGUAUGGGGUCAGGUCAUUGCAACCAUCCCAACAAGUAGGCUAAAGUUCUUAAAGGAGGCAGGGCGGCUCACUGAGAAGGAAGAGGUUCCUGAAGAAGAACUCAAUGAAGAUGUUGAAGAGAUUGAUCAUGCAGAGAGAGAACUUCGACGUGGACAAAUUCUCUGGUUCAGAGGGCUUAACAGAAUCCAAACCCAGAUCCGCGUCGUGAAGGCAUUCCGUAGCUCUCUCUAUGAAGGUUUAGAAAAACCAGAAUCUAGAACCUCUAUUCACAACUUUAUGACUCAUCCUGAGUUUAGGAUAGAAGAUUCCCAGCCCCACAUCCCACUCAUUGAUGACACAGACCUAGAAGAAGACCCUGCUCUCAAGAAAAACUCGAGUCCACCGUCUUCACUGAACAAGAACAACAGUGCUAUCGACAGUGGAAUAAAUCUUACAACUGACACAAGUAAAUCAGCUACCUCUUCUAGUCCAGGAAGCCCAAUACAUAGCCUGGAGACAUCACUUUAGCUGAAAAGGUCACUGCAAAAAAAAAAAAAAAAAAAAUUAUAAUAAUAAUAAUUAAAGUAAAAUAAAAUAAAAUAAACAACCACAGCAACCGAGAUCUAUAAAUAUAUAUAUUAAAAAACAUUGCUGGCUGAAAAGCUGUUUGAACUCUUAUUCACUCUGAGACAAGUGAAUGAAUUGUUAAUCACAAUGGUUUUGGGGAAAGAAUGAAUGGCUGAUUUACAUACCCCCCUCUUGUUCCCUUUCAGAAAACAAAACAAACAAAAAAAAAUCCUGCAUGAAUGUACUGUACACUUCUGGCCCUUCUUUCUUUCUUUCUUUUUCUUCCUUUUUUUAAUUUUUAUUUUUAUUUUUUCCUCCUUAAGCAGGAACUGCAGAGGACUUCUUUCUGCGGCUAUUUAUCCAAUUCACUGGUCUGUGAGUUUUUUGAAAUGCUUGUGUGGCAUGGACUCAAUUGUAUAGAUUAAUUUAAAGAACUUUUUUGAAGUUGCAAAGCUUAACUUGCACAGUAGAUUUGCACCAGUUGGACAGAGGAACUUAAACAUUUAUGAGACUAUAUAUAGAGAUAUAUACAUAUAAGUAUAUACAUAAUUAAUUAUAUAUAUGUAUAUAUCUAUAUAUAUAUAUACAGUUAUAUAUAUAUAAAGUUUCUUUGUUGGCAUGUUGCCUUGUUUCUGCUCAAAUUGCUCUGACUAUUUUAACUUAUUUAUGUCCUAAAAAAGAAUGUAAUUUGUUUACAAACCUGUAGAUAAUAUCCUUAACUAUUUGUAGGGUUAAGAAAGCACUUCCUGCCGAAGUAGUAUAAAAAUGGCUCAGCUCAGCUCAUUGAAAAGUCUGUAAUAUCGCACCCUGGAUAUUUUAUUGCAACUGCAUUCUGAUUUCUGCCUGUUUUUUUUGUUGUUGUUUUGGGUUUUUCUUUUUCUUUUUCUUUUUUUUUUUUUGUUAAAUAUUGUAGAUAUUGCUAGUAAAUAACGAAAGAAGCCAAAAUAUAAUAACACAUUGGAUGUAGCAUUGUGAUCCUAUAUACAGGGAGGUAAAACAGGCUUCCUUUGUUUCAAAUAAAAAUCAGAAUGAUCAGGUUCUCUCUUUUUUUUUUUUCCCUCUGAUAAUCUGCUUGAAUUUGUUUUGGUGCAACAUUUGAAAAUGGAGGCUAUUUCAUUCUUGAAACAUAUGGCAAUGGCUUCCAAAAAAUAUUUUUAGACAGAUAAUAUGUGAAACUGAGUUGAGUUUAUAAAUAACAGAUUUAAAAUAAGUUAUAUCUGGUUUGUCUAUAUGGAGAUCAAACUAAUGUUUAAAUAUUGUGACAUAUUGUGUUAAUUCUUUUCAGUUAGUAAUAUAGGCAUUUAUUUCCUUAUUACUUAUGAAGUACAGGCUGUUGGCAUUUUGGAUGAAAAUCACUGUAGGUUGUUGCUUUUUUUUUUUUUAAUGGAAAAUAUCAUUUCUGCACUAUUAGAUCUGAAUGAAACGAUAUUAACUGUAUAUUGAGAUAUUCUUUGUGUGAUUUUAUUUUUGAAGAAGCUUGUCUUCCUGUAGUCACAAAGUAUACUGUAACACAGUACACUGUUUUACCUUGAGCUUUCUACAAAGAAAGCUACUGUGAAAACCUGCAGUAAGGAGGGUGAAAAAUAUUUUUCAAGAUGGUAACAGCCCUAAUAACUUAAAAUUUAUGAGCUUAUAUAAUUGCUAUGUCAACCACUUGAACGCUAAGCACUUUGUGGAUCACAGAUUUUUCAUAAAUAAUUUUUGUAUUUAAUAUAAAGUUUGCUUGGAGACUUUUCAGCAUAUAAUCUUUUCCAUAAUUGUACAGUGCAAAAGAUAUUUUGAAUUACACCACUGAUUAUGCCAGAUGUAUUGAAAAACUCUCAAACUAGCUUGACAAAUUGAUUUGUUAAGGUAUUACUGAUUGUCUUAAGGUUGGCUAAUAACAUGGUGCAUCUCUGCAGUCACAAGAACUAAACCAAGCCAGAACUCUCCUAAACGGGAUUAGACUCAUGGCCAAACUGCAGACUGAACUGACUAAAACGUUUUCAGGGUGCAUCAAGACUAUUCAGCCAGGUAAAGCUCAAAUCAGCUUGAAUUGCCAGCUUCCGGACUCUUGUGUAGAAGCUUGAAUGUUUUUGGCUCAAACUCGUAGUUCGCUAUCUGAUCCAAACUUUUCAUUCAACAGCAGAACAGGUCGUGGGAGGUGUAUACAAAUGUUUUCAGCAGAUAGUGUUACCCGUUUCUUAACAGUAAAAAGCUAGCAUGGAAGCAUUAUUAUUUUAGCUAAUUCCUAGCAACAAAGUGAUUGAAACUCAGUCAGGAUUGUUCUUCGCUUUGUAAAUACGGUGACUUACCUUUGUACAACAUGUAUUGGGUUUCUAUGGCCUAUUUGGGAUAUCAUAUUCAGAAGAAAAAAACAAAAAAAGUGUUAUCUAUUUACAGGGAAGCCUCUAGCUUUGGACUUGAACAUCUACAAAAGUUAUUAAUACUGGAACAACUUGUUUUCAGCAUCUUAACACUGACUGUUUGCCUUUUUAUUUUCAAACUUCAUAUUUUUUCUUGGUUUCAUUUUUUUUUAAAUUUUCCUGUAGGAGUAUCCCUCCCUAAGGUACCAUUUGCAGACUUGAAAACUGUUAAGAAAAUGAACACUGCAUUCUGUGUAUAUAUAGUAAAACAUAUAUAAACUGAGAUGCAUAGAUAACUUGGGCUUUUGUGAGCAGAGACUGUGCUUUAUGUAUAUGAUAAAUGAUAGAUUUUUUUUAAAGCAGAAUAGCUAUGACCUUUCAACUACAAGUCGUGCAUCACAAUUCCUUUCUUUUAUUGCUUGACCUCUCUGUGAUGGGAACAAUGGAUCAAAAACCAAAAUGAUCAGUUUGUUAAAUUCCCUGCAAUAUAUAAAUGCUCGCUCUCAACGUACUGUACUUAGCAGCAUGAGAUUUGUGGACAACAAUACAGUGGUACAUUGGCAAUCCAUCCCACUAGGGGUUAUUAAUAUAUGUUCAUUCAUCUGUUUUUAUGAAUUUUUUUAUCUAGACAAUAAUUGUAAAUAAAGAACUUACUCUGUCUGUUCAUUUAA